CGGAUUCGUUUGAUGAGUUGUGUCCUAGCGCCAUCUCCAUAUUUUUUUCAAGGACCCCUUUGGAUACAGCCCGGCAGGGAAAGGGUUAAGGAGCGGGGGGUCCAGAUGCCUCCUCUCCUGCUCGCUAUGACGAACAAAUGAACUCCCGGGGAAUGAAAUUUAAAUUCCACAAAGGAGAAAAAGUUCUAUGUUUCGAACCUGACCCUACGAAGGCUAAAGUACUCUAUGAUGCUAAGGUCGUCGAUGUUGUAAUUGGCAAAGAUGAACGUGGAAGGCGAGUCCCAGAAUACCUGAUUCACUUCAAUGGUUGGAACAGAAGUUGGGAUCGAUUGGCAGCAGAAGACCAUGUGCUCAGGGAAACUGACGAAAAUCGCAAAUUACAACGUAAACUGGCUCGUAAAGCUGUGGCUCGCAUGAGGAGAAAGGGAUGGGGGAAGAGACGUUGUCGUCUACCCGGUGUUGAGUCAGCUCUGAAGACACUUCCUGAAGAGAAGGAAGAGAGUGAUGACGCAUGUUUGAUUACGUCGUCAGACAACAGUGACGCGGACGAUUCCGAGGAUCCUGAAUCUUUGAAAAGCGAGGAGAGCGACUCUUCCGAAGAUUUGGACAAAAUGCAGGAAGAGCAGGAAGCUCACGCUAAGAUGGAAAGUGAGGACAAGACCAUCAGCAUAGACAUCCCUGAGGUUCUCAAGAAGAAACUGGAGGAUGACUGCUACUACAUCAACAAGAGGAAGAAGUUGGUGAAGCUUCCGUGCCAGAUGAACAUAUUGAACAUCUUGGAAUCAUACGUGAAGCACUUUGCUUUCAACGCAGCCUUCUCUGCCAAUGAGAGGUACAGAAGUCACCAGAGCACCGCCCAGACCAGCCUCAGUCUUCACUAUGUUCCUCCGGAGAAGAAUGAGGAGCUUUGCAAGGAGAUGGUGGACGGCCUGAGAAUCACCUUUGACUUCACCCUUCCCAUGAUCCUCCUGUACCCCAACGAGCACGCUCAGUUCAAGAAAGUCAGCUCCUCCAAGUUUUUCCUGCCUAUCCGGGACAACACAGCCAGCUCUAGCAAGACCCUGCGUGAGCGCACCCCCAGCCCCUCGGGCCACAACCCCUCCACCCCCCAGUCCACGGACAGCCAACCGGCCCUGAGCGAGGCCUCCACCACCACGGCAAACCCCACCGCCACACCCAAACGCCGGCGCUGUGCCUCCGCGGCCGACCCCGACGCCCCCCAGUCCCUGCGGCGCUCCACACGCCACACCUCGGGUGGCGAGCGGAUGGCGGGCGAGGGGGGCAGCGGCAGCGCUACGACCUCACCCCAGCCCAAACGGCGCCUUGACACGCCUGCCCAGCUGCCCAAGUUCUUCCUCAAUCUGGAGAAGAAAACCCCUGUCCACAGUGGCUCGUCCUCUCCGUUGCCCCAGACGCCCAGUAAGGAGGGCAGCGGCGUCUUCUCCGGCCUGGAGAGCCGACGGAACAACGAGCUCAACGAGGUCCUGAGUUGGAAGCUGACCCCUGAUAACUACCCCCAGAGUGACCAGCCCCCCCCACCCUCCUACCUGUACGGCUCACAGCACCUCCUACGCCUCUUCGUGAAGCUGCCAGAAAUCCUAGGGAAGAUGCAAAUCCCAGAGAAGAACCUAAGGGCCCUGGUCAAACACCUGGAGCUCUUCCUCAGGUUUUUGGCUGAGUUCCACGAGGACUUUUUUCCGGAGUCGGCGUACGUGUCGUCAUCGGAGGCCCAAUACUGCAUGAAGCACCCGCGGGCUGUUUACUGAGGCCGUUUAUCUCACCCUGAACUGCACUGCUGAGAGGGGAGCUCCAGGCUGAUUCCCAAACCAUCCCUUUCACAUCCUCUCGGAGACUGCGCCAUUAUCCCUCUCUAUGUUCUCCCCUUGCCCUCCUAAAUCCAACCCAUGCAGCUAUGUGGUUUUGCCCGGGCCUAUCGUAAAGAAGUAAAGCGAGGUUCUUGGCUUCUGAUCGGCCCAGUACCUCACUCUCUCCCCAGCCCCCAACCUGGCAGUCUGGCCUUAGGAACAGACCCCCCUGGAUGCAAUGAUUACCUAAAGCAUGGACGUCUACUGUUAUGCUAGGCUGUAGACCCUAACCCCUUGCUGGGGUCUUUCCCAUGAUGCUGACUUUGUCUUGCUUUCUCUCGCUCUGCGCUCAAGGACCACGUUUGGCCAUCUCUUUCUCUAGCAGCAUCUGCGUCUGAUCCUUCUCUCUCCGUCCGCCUAGACAAGCAAACACAGAGAGAAGGGCUAUUUGAUACGUUUGCUUUAUGUGUGACUAUUGGAGACUGUUGGCUUCUCCUCGGUUCGCCAUGCUUGCUGCCCCAAGCCACGCUUCAGCGUGCGUUGUCGAUUUAAGCUAUUUCUAAGUGCUUGUAUAAUGUCAUUACUCUAGUAAUGUCUACUAUCUGUGUUCCUCUUGCUUAGAGGGGCUGUGACGUUAUGGCCACUGUGUGUUCAUAUUUAUAUUUGUCAUGGCAUUACCCUCAAUGUUUGAAGAAGGUCAAGUGUGUUGAAUCAGUUGAUGUAUAAAUUCCGUAUUCUGUUUUUGUUUUAUUAUUAUUACACUGUUAACUUGUAGACUCGAACAGGAACACACUGCGGAGGUGGAAAUGUAAAAAUAUAAACUUUCAGUCUGUUUUCUAUUAGUAUUAUCUGAAAUAAAAGUCGGAGCAAUGUU